ACGUUUCUACUUUGCACCGACCAUUCUCAUAUUCUCCAGUAGAGGUCAAACUUUCCCACUGGAAACAAGAAAUACUGGUCCAGUGAUUGUUGGGCGCAUGCCCAGUAUCCUCAUUUGGCCCCUUGCAUCCUAGAGCGCGUGCGCUGUCCUGCAGGGUUUUGUGCUGCUUGACUAUGUUCAAAAUCGGCUUCCGGAGCUGUUAGUUUGUGUAACGACUGGAUGAGGUACAACCAGCCCAAAACAGAAAAAAAAAUUAAAUCAUUAAUAAUAUCAAGACAACCUGUUAUAUAUAUAUUUAUACUGUUUUAAACUAUAUUGUGAUGAGAGAUAUUCUAGCUUGCAACUCAGCCUGUUCGUUAGAAAGCAAGCAAAGCAACAACUGUGCGCCUAACGCCGUGGAUAGCUGCACAAGAACACGGGAUCAUCCGUACUGCAAUUAGCUAGCUAACUUCCCGUUUACAUCAUGCUGGUGCACAGAUUGACGUUUCAAAUGCUGAGAUGAUCUUUCACCAGAAACCGCUACUCGAGUAACUUGCUUUCUAUUCGGGUAUAUGUGUGUGGGUGUAAAUCCUGUAAGUGCACGUACUGGAGGGACCCGGAAGGGAAGCACAGCUGCCGCUUCUGUCUCUGAUCUAUGAUCUAGCUGGCUCGCUAUUACUGUACUUGCGUGAUGGAAGAGUGAGCGGGACCCGGCAAAAGGCAGUCAAAUCUGAUUGAAAACGUUUGCAGAGGAUCAAUAAGACACUGGACCUGGCUCUGCACUGAUGUAGCGGGCAUCGGCAUAGCCUGUCACCACCUCCGUCUACCUCCGCCCCCCCCCCCUCAGUAAUGCGCUGUGCCCCCCCUAGCCUCCGCCACCAGGACACCCCCCCCCCCCCGCCUCCCAGCCCGCUGCAGAGCAUCACACGUCUCGGCCAGAAGGGAGGCUCCAGGCGCCUGAUCGAUAAGGAGUGAAGCGGGACCGCGGUGAGUCGCCAUGCCACAGGCGCGGAGUCCACAGCCUUAACGCCGCCUGCGCGAAGAGGCCCGCCCGCCACCGAGCCGCCCGCCACCAAGCCGCCCACACCGCCGCCUUCGCCUGCGUGCUCCUGUCAUCGGCCUUGAGAGAGAGAGAGAGAGAGAGAGAGAGAGAAACGCAUCACGUACUUUUCUCCUCUUGGUCUCGGUUGUUUUUUUUUUUUUGGGACUCUCCUGGGUCCGUGCAGCCGGGCGGGUGGAAGCUGGGGGGAGACUCGUGGGAUGCGACCAUGUCGGACCUCAGGCAGCGCCGGCCGGUCAACUCGGACUACGCCGUCUCCCUGCUGGAGCAGCUCAAGUUCUUCUACGAGCAGAAGCUGCUGACGGACGUGGUGCUGCUGGUGGAGGACUCGGAGUUCCCCUGCCACAAGAUGGUGCUGGCCACGUGCAGCUCCUACUUCAGGGCCAUGUUCAUGAGCGGCCUGAGCGAGAGUAAGCAGACCCACGUGCACCUGCGCAACGUGGACCCGGCCACCCUGCAGAUCAUCAUCACCUACGCCUACACGGGCAACCUGGCCAUCAGCGACAGCACGGUGGAGCCGCUGUACGAGACCGCCUGCUUCCUGCAGGUGGAGGACGUGCUCCUGCAGUGCCGGGACUACCUGGUGAAGAAGAUCAACGCCGAGAACUGCGUGCGCAUGCUGAGCAUCGGCGACAUGUUCAGCUGCAGCGAGCUGAAGCAGAGCGCCAAGCGCAUGGUGGAGCACAAGUUCCCCGCCGUGUACCGGCAGGAGGCCUUCCUGCAGCUGUCCCACGAGCUGCUGCUGGACCUGCUGAGCAGCGACAACCUCAACGUGGAGAAGGAGGAGACGGUGCGCGAGGCGGCCAUGCAGUGGCUGGAGUACAACAUGGAGGCGCGCUCGCAGCACCUGUCCUCGGUGCUGAGCCAGAUCCGCAUCGACGCGCUCUCCGAGGUGACGCAGCGCGCCUGGUUCCAGGGCCUGCCGCCCAACGACAAGUCGGUGGUGGUGCAGGGCCUCUACAAGUCCAUGCCCAAGUUCUUCAAGCCGCGGCUGGGCAUGACCAAGGAGGAGAUGCUGGUGUUCGUGGAGGCGGCGGCGGCCGACUCGCCGGCCGACGGCCCGGGCGCGGGGCCCCCCCACGCCGUGGUGUGCUACAGCCCGCAGGCGGACAAGGUGUACAAGCUGAGCAGCCCCCCCGGCGACCUGCAGAAGGUGGGCACGCUGGUCACCCCCGACAACGACAUCUUCAUCGCCGGCGGCCAGAUCCCGCUCAAGACCUCCAUCGCCAACCACGGCAAGGCGGGCGGCGGCGGCGGCGGCGGCGGGGGGGGCGGCGGCGGGGGGGGGCGGCUGCAGGCGGUCUUCCGCUCGUCGGACGGCUUCUUCUGGCUGGACGCGCAGCAGAACGCCUGGGUGGCCAAGACGCCCAUGCUGUGCGCGCGCAUCCGCCCGUCGCUGGUGCACUGCGACGGCGCCAUCUACGCCAUCGGCGGCGACAGCGUGGGCGGCGAGCUCAACAAGCGCACGGUGGAGCGCUACGACCGCGAGCGCGACGAGUGGACCAUGGUCAGCCCGCUGCCCGCCGCCUGGAACUGGAGCACGGCGGCGGCGGCGCGCGACUGCGUCUACGUGAUGACGCACGACCUGACGUACUGCUACUUCCCGCGCGCCGACGCCUGGGCCGAGAUGGCCUCGCGCAAGACCAGCCGCUGCUUCGCCUCGGCCGCCGCCUUCGGCGACCUCAUCUUCUACGUGGGCGGCCUGCACGUGGUCAGCAACUCCGGCGUGCGCCUGCCCGCCAGCACGGUGGACGGCUCCUCCGUGACGGUGGAGGUGUACGACGUGGCCAAGAACGAGUGGCGCCCGGGCGCCAACAUCCCCGCCAAGCGCUACUCGGACCCGUGCGUGCGGGCGGCGCCGCUGCUGGGCUCGCUCUGCAUCUUCAUGCGCGAGACGCACAUGAACGAGCGCGCCAAGUACGCCAUCUACCAGUACGACCUGGAGCUGGACCGCUGGCUCCCGCGGCCGACCGUGUCCGAGCGCGCCCUCUGGGACCUGGGCAAGGACUUCCGCUGCGCCGUGGCCAAGCUCUACCCCUCCUGCCUGGAGGAGUCCCCCUGGAAGCCCCCCACCUACCUCUUCUCCCCCGACGGGGCCGAGGAGUUCGAGGUGGACGGUGAGAUGGUGUCCCUCCCGCACGUAUAGCUUUCUCAACGCCCCCCCCCCCCCCCACCCCCACCAUUCCCCCUUUUCCCCCGCUCUUACUACCCCCCAGUACCGAACUCGUAAACGCCUAGGGAUCUGUGGGGUCGGGGGUGUGACGAGGGGCGAGCGGGGUGAGGGGAUGGGGGAGGGGGUGAGGGGGUAAAUGGGGGAAGGGGAAGAAGGACGUUCGACACCAACCGAAACCCAUGGUGUCCAGGCCAUUGUGUGUUUCAGUCUGUGCGUAGACGAGGGGGGGGUGGCUCGUUGGACACGCCUCCUGCCUGGGGGCCCCAGAUCCUUGCCCCCCACCCCCCCCUUCCUCUGCCCCACCACCCAGCUCUCACACCACUCUCCUCACAGGACAGUACAUUGCCUCAGACUGAUGUAGUAAAAUGUACAUUAAAUUACCUUCAAAUAUUAGUAUUCUAAAAAAAAAGAAAAAGGAAAAAAAAAAAAAUCUAAAAUAAUACUUUUUUUUGUUUUGUUUUGUUUUUUUGUUUUUGGUCAGUUGCUACUUCUGUUAAGUAUUAUCAAAGGCCUGAUUUACUGUUUCUACAAUGUGAUAAUCCGGGGGGUGAGGUAAUUUGUGACUAUGACGACGAGGUUGAUGAUGAUGCACUUAACGGAGAAGCUCCUCAGAAUGACAAUGUUAACUGUACCAAGCUUUCUCUCUGCCCCUCUCUUUCUGAACAGCUGGGGGGGGGGGCUUUUCUCAAAGCAACCGCCAACCCCCCCCCCCC